CACGGUAUAUUCCAACGGCCAAGACGCGGUCACACUAGUGGAAAUUAAAAAAAUUAAUUAAAUUAAACAAAAGGACCUCAGAAGUUAUCUUUGGCGACAGCUGCGAAAGGCCAUUGCGGGCAACAUGGAAGCGGAGCACCUGAAGCGACUGGAGGCCAAGGAGGCGGACCAGAUCCCCGCCAUCUUGACCGAAUUCAACACGAAGUACGCGGAUUUGAUGACCUUUGAUAGCUUCCGCACUGACAACCAGUGGCACGAACUCUGGCUGGCCAUCUUCGGCAUCCUGGACGACCAGCGGCUGAGUCAUCUGCAUCCGCAAUGCCUCAAUGCGGUGAGGAUUCUCACGCGCGACGAGUUCAGCUUGGAGACGAACUAUAUUGAGCACGAGGUCAACACCCUGCUGAGGCUGGCUCGGAUCGAGGCUGGUUCCCUUAAGCUGCCCGCCACGCCGGACGAGCUGAGGCAGCAGGAGCGGUGCGAGGAACCACAACUGGAACCGAGUCAGGCGCAAUCGGAGGUGAUUGCUGAGGCGCUGAAGUGCCUGUGCAACCUGGUCUACCAGAAUUCCGACUGCCGGCGGCAGUGUUUGCAUCAGCACUGCCUGGAUGCAAUCCUCAAGCGAGUGGCCUCCUCGAUGCGGCAUCCAAGUGCAUUGGAGUACUACGACAUGAAGCUGCUCUUUCUGCUCACCGCUUUGGAGCCGGCGGCUCGUUCCCGCCUCCAGAUCGAUCUGAACGGGCUCACCUACAUGACCAAGUGGCUGGAUGACAAGUUGGGCGAGGAGACGUUCGACGAUGAGCAGCUAAACAUCAUCUGCGAACUGCUCAAGGUGAUGUUCAACGUGACCAGUGCUCCGGACAAGAGUCCCAACGAGUACGAGAUCCAGAGCCUUCACUUGACGGGCGUGCUAAGGGAGCUGCUCCUGCGCUUCGGCGACAUGGCCACGGAAAAGAAGCGCGCCGUGGUCACGCAUGCCAUCAAUUUGCUGACCAAUAUCUCGGACAGCUGCCUGAUCGAACUCACGCUGCGCUGCUCAAAUGCCGAGGUGGAGUCCCUUAAAGAGCGGGAGCGGGAUAAAGACAACGAGAAGGAGAAGGAUAAGGAAGCCGGAGCUCGUGCCAAGCCGCGCAAGUGCUGCUCAUUGUGCUUCGAGAAGCGCAACGUUAGCAGUCUGGACGUGGUGCUUCGCUAUCUGCGCCAAUCGUUGCUCCAACAAAAGGAAACGGAGGCCACCUCGCACGAACUGCUCUCGCCCGUUCUCACAGUGCUGGUGAAGUGCGCCCGCAGCGAUCGGGUGAUGCGACACUAUCUGCGCCAGGAGGUUCUGCCGCCACUGCGCGACGUGAGCCAGCGGCCUGAAGUGGGUGACGAGCUGCGCAAUCACCUGUGCCGCUUCCUCACACUGCCCGCCAUGAUCCUGCGUGAUCUGGCCGCCGAAUUGCUCUUCGUGCUGUGCAAAGAGAACGUCGGACGGAUGAUCAAGUAUACGGGCUAUGGAAAUGCAGCCGGGCUGUUCGCAAAGCGCGGCAUACUCGACUGCCGGCGGGUGGAGGGCACCGACUACUCCUCCGACAGCGAGGACAGCGACACGGAGGAGUACAAGCAGCAGCAGCCGGGCAUCAAUCCGGUAAUCGGUAGCUUGGAGCCGAACUUGGAGCCGCAUCCGCUGGAAGGAAUGAGCGAGGAGCAGAAGGAGUACGAGGCCAUGAAGCUGGUCAAUCUCAUCGAGCAACUGCACCAGGGCGGCAUCGUCAAGCCGGCGCUGAUCGACAAGGACGGGCGGCCGCAGCCGCUGGAGCACAUUCUUCAGCUGCAGGAGGAGCUGCCGCAGCAGCAGCUCGAUCAGAAGCGGAAAACCUAAGCCUGAAUCUUUACCCGGGAUCUGCUAUGGCACAACUUCCAAAAAAAGCUACCAAAAAUCACACUAAACUGCAUUUAUAUUAUAGGUUUAUUGCCAACGAAUGUAGCUUUGAAUGUGUUCCGAAAGCAGAAUAGCUUGGCAUUGUUUUCAUCCAAUCGUUGAGGAUCAAAUCAUUUUAAUUUUGAGUUUAAACAUCGAGUUGCAACAUCGCGAUUGCAAUCCUAAAAGAUGUUACAGCAAAUAUUCUGGAUUUGAUUUCAGUGCCAUGCAUUAAGUAUAUAGUCCUUGAAUGGUAGUUAAACUAUUGAUAUCACAUUAGUUUUAAAGUUGAUCAGUAUAAUCACUGUCAGACUCAAUUUAUAAACGUAACUAUCUCCCAGCUUUUAUAAAUUAUUUAUCAAUGAGAAAAACCAUUUACUUUUGUAACAUUUUUGUAUUCUUUUUUUGCUAUUUAUUAUAGCCUGUGAUUUGUUUGCGCACCUGAAGCUGAAACCAUAGCAUCCCACAUUCAGUGAAUAACGAACCGCUUCAAUCAAUAACUAAAUGCAAAACAAUCGUUGGGGUCUUCCAACUCCAGGAAGUGGGGAGCAGAUUAUUACGAAAACGAAGAGUAACCAAAACUGAAUUCUUUUAUAUAUACACAAACAAUCGGCGGAUAGGCAAAUUUGACUAAACUUUGUAAUAGUUAAGUGCAUGUAUUUAUAAAAAUUCCGAUUAUACACUUAGCAUCUAGGUUUGGGCUUAAAAAGGCUCUUAUGUAGAUUCUCGGAACUUGGAAAUGGCUAGGAAUACCUGACCUGUUUCACUUCCAGCUCUCAUAAUAUUAAUGUUGUACGUACGUAACUCUAACUGUAACUCUAGAAUCUAACUAAACUAACUACAAAGUCUAUCUAUGACAGACGCAAGUGAGGUCUACUUGGAACCCAAUUCGUUUCGGUUCCCACCAUCCCCACAUUGUUUACAUCAAAAUCUAUUCAAUGUUGUACUAACGAACGAAUGAUUUCGAAACUGUUUUAAAGUCGCGUGUCUUUGAUCUAUAUACAGGAAAUCCUAUAUAGAGCUUUAUUGUGUUCAAUUUGCUAUAGCGACGGAGAAGCUGGUUAUAUACAUCAAAGCAUAGUAAUAUUGGUUGCGCUUGAUGUGUGUACAAGUCUAAUUGUGCGUCUAUCCUAAGCUAAACAAUAAAUCAAUCAAAGUCUUGCUAAAUCAA